AAUCCAAGUCUAAAGCCCUGCCCUGCUGCAAUACACUGCACUUUUCGUCUCCUCAAAGACCAAAGCAAAGCAUAUACACACUUUGCAGUACCUCACGCGUACGGUUCCACAAAAGCCUCCAAUUCCUGUAGUUAACCUCACCAAAAUCCUCUGCAAAGCAAACAGCCCCAAUUUCAAACUAAACCCUAAUCGCCAAAUAAUAGAGGUUUCCCCCCCAAAUUCCCUCUCCAUGACCACCGGUAUCCACCAACUUACUUGAUUUCUCGCCUGCCUCACUAGCAUUCGCUUUUUACUGCAGCUCCUUUCUGAAGGUUGCAUUUUGAAGGUCUGCCCUGUUUGUUAUUGUUACUCAGCCAUCAAUAGCAGCAAUGGGCAGUUCAUUUAAUCCCCAAAUCUUAGUAGAAAAGCUGGCCAAGCUCAAUAACUCCCAAGCAAGCAUAGAGACUUUAUCACAUUGGUGUAUUUUCCAUAUGAAUAAGGCAAAACAAGUUGUUGAAACUUGGGACAGACAAUUUCAUUGCUCUCCACGUGAGCAGAGAUUGGCCUUUCUGUAUCUUGCCAAUGACAUUUUGCAGAAUAGCAGGCGUAAGGGUUCAGAAUUUGUUGGUGAAAUUUGGAAGGUUCUUCCUGAUGCACUUCGUGAUGUGAUUGAAAGCGGGGAUGAGUUUGGGAGGAAUGCUGCAUUACGUCUGAUCAGUAUAUGGGAAGAGAGAAAAGUGUUUGGUUCUCGAGGACAAAUUCUUAAGGAAGAGCUUUUUGGCAGACAACCAGAAAGUAAUAAUAGAAAUGGCAGGCAUAUAAAUCCCAAACUGCUGAAGCAGCCUGUCGGAGAUACUGUGGAUAAAAUAGUUUCAGGUUAUCAAUUUCUAUAUUGUAGUCAGAUGGAUGAAGAUGUUAUAUUCAGCAAAUGUAGGAAUGCUAUUAGUUGUAUGGAGAAAGUAGAUAAGGAAAUUAGUACUGAUGUCAAUUCAGGGCAGUUCUGUGGAUCGGCACUUGUGGGGGAGGUGCAGGGUCAGCAUGCUGCACUGAGGGACUGUAUUGAGCAGUUAACAGCUGUUGCAUCGUCAAGAGUUAAUCUCAUCUCACAUUUGAGAGAGGCUCUUAAGGAGCAGGAAUUCAAGCUGGAGCAAGUUCGUUCUCAGCUUCAGGCUGCACAGUCUCGAGCAGAACAGGCUGGUAAUAUCUGCAGACAGUUGUUGAAUUGUGACAAUCCUGAGUUAGCAUCUGAGCAAAGCUCGAAGGAAAGUUUUAUUCCGGAAGCUACAGAACAAUCUGCUCCUCUUAUGUAUGCUCGACAAGUAUCCUUUCCCAGGAAUUCUGGCCAAACUGAGGAAGAUCCUAGGAAAUCUGCUGCAGCUGCAGUGGCAGCAAAGCUAACUGCAUCGACAUCCUCAGCCCAGAUGCUUUCGUAUGUCCUCUCUUCUCUUGCUUCUGAGGGUGUCCUUGGAAAUCCCAUGAAAGAAUCUUCCGGUGAUUAUUCAUCUGAGAAGAGGCCUAAGCUUGAGAAUGACCAGCCAUACAUACCAUCUCAGAAUCUGCAGCAAGCUUUAGUUCCACCAUGCUCGCAUCCUGAAUCUCACCUGCGCAAUGUUGCAACCACCACCCAGCAGUUAACUCCUAAUGAAGUGCCACCUCCUACAUCGUCAUCUUCUUCUCCUUUGCGACCAGUGUCAGCAAUGGCACCAUAUGCUGUGUCCCAAUACAUGCCAACUACUGGAUUGAUAAAUGGUGCAGCAUAUAGCUAUGGGAUGACAACCGCAUCACAGCAGCAUUCCUUGCCUGGUUAUUCAGUGGUUGGAGGUGCAAUUACUGGUCUCUCCCCAUUUCCGACACCAUUAACCAAUAUUUCUUACCAGAGUUUUCAAGGUUCCGAAGUUUUCUACAACCAGCCCUCAUCCGUGCCAGCAGCACCGAAUUCUCGGCAUUAGAAAUUCAUUUUACGUUAGGAUGCUUUAGACUGAAAUAUUGUUGCUCAGAAACUUUGUUUGGGUGCCACGCCACGUAGUAUAACAUCAUGUGCACAUUGUAAAUGUAUUAUUAUCCUCAUUGCUUUUCGUCAUUCGGAGAAAAUGAUAGUUUUUAUACGUAAUUAUUAUUGAUAUGAAAAGAUGUUGCAUCGUUUGGAUGAUUGAAA